CAUCUAAAGAUCGACAUUUCCGCUCGCUACAAAUGCUCCAAGAAACUAUAUAUCGGGCCAUAUAAACUAGAGCGACACUCCCAAUUCAUCAUCUUUGCAUGCGUUAAUCCACAAAUGAAUCCCCAUAUUAUGACAAUCCAGGAUCCAGAGUUAUAAAUCGAGGCGCCCGCCGCACCACUCUUCUCAUCGAACACACAGCUGCAGCUCAGCGUUUGCUCGCCCGAUCUUGCGGUUCUUGGCAGCAAAGGAAGGAACUAGGCGAGCGAGCGAUCAAUGGCGUCGUCGAAGCCGAAGCGCGCCGCCGCGUUCUUCCUGAUCCUCGCGGUAGCGGCGAGGGCGAGCGGGUCCGGGGGCGCGGACGAGGACUCGCUCCGGUUCCCGGGGUUCCCCGGCGGCCGGGGCCGCAGCCCCGCCGGCGGCUACCCUGGCAGGGUGUCCCCGCCGGCGGCGCCUCGCGGGAAGCCAUGGCCGUCGUCGUCCCCCCCGCCGCCGCUGCAGUCCUCGCCCGCGGCGGGGACGCCCUCGAUCCCCGCCUGCACACCGGCGCAGCCCCUCCCGGGCUUCCCGGGCCUGCAGCAGCCCGGGGGAAACCCCGGGGCCUCUUCUUCUUCGUCUCCGGCGGACUGCGUGACGCCGCUGGCGGGGCUGAUGACGUGCGCGUCGUUCCUGACGGGGUCGGAGGCGGACACCCCGACGCCGCAGAGCGAGUGCUGCUCGGGGCUGGGGAUGUUCCUCAACAGCACCGCCGCCGUCGACGACCGCUCGCUCCGCUGCCUCUGCCCGGUCAUCCUCGGCGACGUCAACCGGAUGCUCCCAAAGCCCAUCGACCCCGUCCGCAUGAUGUACCUCCCCAUCUCCUGCGGCGUCGUCCUCCCGCCACAAGUCCUCUUCAUCUGCUUCACUGGGCAGCCAACGCCGCCCGUGGUCUCGCGCAUCCCGGACUCCUGGAUGACACCAGCUUCAUCAGCUUUGUCGCCUUAAUGGAAGAAAGACAGACUGAACCAGAGAUUCCCUAUAACUAAUUGAUGAUGAUACCAAGUUAACCUGUGCCUAUUGGCAGAGCUGGGGCGUGCUUUCUGUCUUGAGUUCGGAUGCAGCUAUCACUGAAUUUAUUUAUUACUAUUAUAUAUAGAGGAUGGGCCUGUGCUUCAGAAACUAGUUACCAACUACCUUACAGCUAGCUGACCUAGAUUGGGUCAGUACAUCAUGUGUUAUGUAAGAGCAUAUUCUUUUCCAUUGAAAAGUAUAUACACAUAUACAAGAGACAUUGUAUUCAUGUGUUCUUAUAUCGUUAACCAAAAGAGUGUGAUCAA